GAUACGAGAACCCACCCACGACUCUUGAUACGGCCGGUGCAGCGAUCAAAGUGGAAAUCACAACAUUCAAUCACAACCGAUUUGCGAAGAUGUACUGGACAAGACCACACACAUGUGGAAACGGCAUAACCUGAAACAUAUCGUGUUCUGUAUGUCUCUGCUCUGUCAAAUGACCUACCUCAACACGAUUUUUCGAUAUUCCUGUGAAAAAGCUCCGCCAUUUUUCCUCACUGGCGGCUUCCAGCGACCCUUGGCCUUCCCAAUCGUGUCGGGUUAUACUCGUUCAUUCGACUCACAAACGUGCUCAGCAUCUUGGUCUAUGGGGAUUCGAAAUCCGCACAGAAUCUGGGCGAUGGCCAAAUCGUGGAAUAUCAAUAAAUGGAGAGAAUAACCACAAGGCUCUGAAAAGACCAUGACCCUCGGCCUAACGCUCGAAGACGUCAGCACAGCUGCUUUGCACGACGAAGGCUAAUGGCCUGACUGGUCUUCUCUCGGUAUAUAAUUCACGGGGAGGAUUAGCGAACAUCCUUGGAGCUGGAAUUUUCUA